CAUCGCUCCCACAGGAGUGAGGGUGAUGCCCAACGUCUCGCUGACCUGUACUUUCCAUUGCCGUAGUCCAGCGGUACAACGCCUGUACAAGUAUCCCCUGUUCAAAGCGUCUCGCUGUGUCUGGCGUGCCAAUCCCGGAUUCGUCGCCGAAAGAAUCGGUCUCGUCGAAUGAGCCGAGGAGUGCAAGCGAAGUUUUGAGAUACUGCUCACACCCGGAGCGCGCUCCCGCGCGCGCACGCCCCGCAAACCUCCAUGUCUCCGACCGAGAGCAUGCUACUGGAGGUCUCCUCGCCGACGUUCAUCGCGAACGGAACGCUGCCGAGCGUGUCGGUGGCCGCGGAGGAACCCGUGGCAUCGCCUGCCACAAUCGCUACGCUCGCCUCGCUGUUUGCCGCCAUCGGCAUUUCGGGGGUGCUGGGCAAUGCGUUCGUGGUGUGCGCCGUCCUGGGCGACAGAGACAUGCGCAGUUCGGUGACCAACCUGUUCAUCCUGAACCUGGCACUGAGCGACCUCACCAUCCUGCUGGCCUGCGUGCCGGACAUCGUGCUCUUCAUCCGGAACCGCGGCUGGGAGCUGGGCUUGGGCCUAUGCCGCACGCUGCGCUUCGUCGAGGUCAUGGCCCUCUACGCCUCGGUGAUGACUCUGGUCAGCGUCUGCGUCGAGCGGUACGUCGCCAUCGUGCACCCGAUGCGGGCCCAUCUGCUGUGCUGUCGCAAGCGGGUUCGACUGGUCAUCGGCGCGCUGUGGCCUCUGUCGGCGCUGCUGGCGGCGCCAAACCUCUUCUACCACGAGAUACACUGCGUCAGACCAGGGUUUGCACCGUGUGUCAUGCACUUCCCAUCCUUCGAAGCGUUCGUGUUGUUCAAGUAUGCCGAGUUCCUACUGUUCUACCUGCUGCCACUUGUGAUUCAGUGCGUGUUGUACACCAUCGUGGGCCUACGUCUGUUCAGCGCGGAGUCGUUCCGCUCCAUGGCACCAGCCGUUGGUCGUGAGAAGUACGCGCGGUCGGUCAAGGCCCGCCGCGGUGUCAUCAAGAUGUUGGUGGCCGGAGUGGCUGUCUACUUCAUCAGCUUUUCGCCCCAUCAGGUGUUGCUUCUGUACAACACGCUUUCAAGUCAACGUUUCGAGGAGACCUGGACGUACCUAAUCAUCGUCAACAUGAUGGCCUACACAUCAUCAGCCUGCAACCCGCUGCUAUACAGCGUGUUCAGCCACAAGUUUCGCUCCAAGUUCCUCGCCAUCCUAGGUAUGCGCAGGAGGCGAGUGAUCCGAGGAUCAGGAAUGGCGUCGUCCAACAAGAAAAGCGACGCCAGGCGUUGGUCCUCGUCGCCCAUCACACGUGGAGGCGUCGGCGGCCAGUCCUGCAAGACGUCGCUUACGCAAGUGUGACGUCUGCGCAGUUCGGUCCUCAAGCGGCCGACCUGGGUGUGACGAAACAAGGUGGCGUCACGGGCGUGGUCACCGACAGACGGCUCCGACGAAAUGAAUUGUGAUUGAAUCUGCUGAGUUUCUACAUCGGUGUACAGAUUCUGGGACAUAACUUUGAAAGACAUUGCUGAGGCAGGCUGGGUGAAGAUGUGAACAUGUAAUGCGCACGUUCGGCUUCGAUGGGGCGUUUCCUCCAAGCGACGACGACACGUCACACAAGGAACAAGGUGAUCAAGAGUCUCUGAACGAAGAACGUAACUGGAGCCACUAUUUCGACAAGGAAAAUUCUCUUCGUCAGGCCAGCAACUGGUUGCGGCUCUGAGACAGACAAGUUUUCUUGUCCGAACAUUGGCUGCAGCGGCCUCCAUUCGACAACUGCCGAUCACUCCAAGCCUUUAUCUUCCUGUGAACUCCUAUCUUACAAGGAACAAAGUGCUUUGUUUUCUUUUUGACCAGUGUUUUAUGGGCCAGCAAUCCAAUUUAAGGACUGGGACAAGGCCCUUGCAGAUGGAGUUUCGUGAGGCACGCUUGGCGUUUGACACAGCGCUGUAUGAGAUCAACGCGACACUUGCGACGAAUAGUGUUUCGUGGGAGAACUUAAGUACAGGUGAUGGUGAAGAUGAAACAGUCUAUUUUAUGAUCUCUUGGAGGCUUUAUAUGCUAGCAAAAACGUCAAUUUUUUAGAUAUUUGCAUAAUGAUGGGCGUGGUUACAGCUUGGAUAGUUGCGCCUUGCUUAUUUGUGUGGCUCACAGAUCGAAGAAAAAAAAAAUGAGAAAGAAAAUGAAUUUUGACAGAAACUUCCUGCCUGCCUGCUUUUCAAUGUGGAACGCCCAUUUGACUAUUUAGCGAAUGUGAGUGCAGUGUUUAUCAUUGUAAAGCAUUAAAUUAUUCUCCCAUCAUGUGACAUACACGUGUUGUUACUAUACUGUGUUCUAUGUGCUCUUGACUGUAUGCCAUUAAUUGCAGUACUCGUUUCUAACAACAUUAUCUUCGUAUCUGCCGCAAUAAUACUCGCAGGCGUAGCCACUUCUGUCUGCGGAAAUAUACGUUCUAAUAAAAAUGUACUUAUUUGUUUA